AUGAGUGACAACUACAACACUAUUGUUGAUCAUUUAGAACUGAACUCCUCCUCUGGCACCGAAAGCUCCAAUAAUCAAAGCCCAGAAGCCCCUAGCCGAGAACAAGGACAAGAUCAAAGAGAGAGCGAAGACGAUUAUCCCAAGGGACUUUCCACAAACAUGUGGUGGGCAGACGUGAAAGGAGCGUUGGGACAAAGGUUCAACUUUGGAGCCAUUGCUCGUUCAGCCAGGGUACUCACAAAAGACAAGCACUUGGCACUGCCUCACGUCUCUGUGCCUGAUAUAAGGUACAUUGAUUGGCCUGAGUUGCAUAGAAGGGGCUUCAAGGGUGUUGUGUUUGACAAGGAUAACACUUUAACUGUGCCUUAUUCUUUGACGCUCUGGGGUCUUCUUGGGUCUUCAUUGGAGCAGUGUAAAUCUGUUUUCGGACCCGAUAUUGCGGUGUUCAGUAACUCGGCUGGGCUUUAUGAGUAUGACCAUGAUGGUUCAAAAGCUAGGGAGCUUGAAGGGGCUAUUGGAAUAAAAGUCAUAAGGCAUAAAGUGAAGAAACCAGCUGGAACUGCUGAAGAGAUCGAGAAGCAUUUUGGUUGUAAAGCAUCACACCUUAUUAUGGUGGGUGAUCGGCCCUUAACUGAUAUCGUUUAUGGGAAUCAAAAUGGCUUUCUGACUAUUUUAACUGAACCGUUGAGUCUUGCCGAGGAGCCAUUCAUUGUUAGGCAGGUGAGGAAACUAGAAACAUCCCUUGUGAACCGUUGGUUUAGGAAAGGGUUAAAGCCCACCAGUCAUAGGCUGUUGCCAGACGGUACGCAGUGUGUGAAACAUCCACCACCCCUAUAAGAAUUAUUGUUGAUAUAGUCAAAAACAAAAAUUAUUGUAUCUGUCCGUGAUUUCAUUAGUUUUACCAUUUUUUUAAUUCAAAGCAAUGAGAGAAAUUUCUGUCCUCUUUCCCCCCGUUCAA